AUGCAUCUGCCGGACGACGCGCCACCACCGCGGCUCUGUAUCGUCGAGAAGAGGGAGGGCGAGACGGUGAGUUUUGGGGGUCAGAAUGUUGUGAGAAUUCGUGGAGAUAGAAAUAUGAAUUUGGAGAGAAAAAGAUGUUUUUAGGAGUAUGGCUACAAUCUUCAUGCGGAGAAGGAGCGCGGCCAAUUUGUCGGCUUGGUCGAUCCUUCCUCACCGGCUGAGCGGUCAGUCCUUCAUUUCCACACAAAGCUAAAACCGAUCAAACUUUGAAGUGACAUCAGCACUGAACGUGAUAUUCAAUUUGCAGUGGCGGUCUGAAACAAGGCGACCGAAUUUUCGCUGUCAACGGCCACUCGAUCGUCGGCGAAAACCACAAAAAGGUCGGUUCAAAAACCUGAGGCUAUACUAUAUAAGGCUUGGAGGUUGAGCUACCCUUCUAAAACCUUCCUGCUUAAAAAAGUGAAAAAGUUGAUGGUUUUGAGGUGGUGGAACGUAUCAAGCAGAACCCUCAACGAUGCGAGAUGUUGGUGAUUUCUGAAGACGGCGCGAAAUGGUACUCCGAACACGGGAUUCCCGUCACCCUGCAGCUGUCAAACAUCAUUCGCGUCGUCGAUGUGAGCCCUUGGGUCAAACAACAAACAAAAAAAAAACGAAUAAAUACUGUAAAAUUCGUUUGAAGUAAUCCCAGGAGGCAGAAGUUGAAGAUAAAAGUAAUUAAAGCAAGUUCAAUCGAAUCAAGAAGAAAUAUAAGAGUGUUCAAAGAAACUUCUAAAAAUGAUAAUUUUGGUAUUACUUCGAAAAAGAAAAAAACUAUUUGACGAAAUUUUUUUUUCGUUUUUUUGUCAUCUCAAUCGAAACACUCCGAAUUACUACCUUGUUACCUGAUCAAAACUCCUAAAAAAACUAGAAAAGAAAGUUUAUAAGUCGAUUUGAAGAGCGAAAGAAGACCGACUGGAGCCAACGACAGUCCGCCGCCCAAUGGAUCUUGGUACGCGCCCAACUCCAAGAAUGUCAGUUUGAUUUAUCACUAUUUCACGUUUCACAAAAUUAUUCACCAAGCCUCAUCUGAAUCGAAAUUGGAAGCCUCUAUUGGACUCUUUUUUCAUUUCCAAAUAAUGGACGGAUUUUUUCUCGAUGAUUAUGGAGCUUCACUAUUCUCUUCAAAGUCCGAUCAACAAGAAUCUGUCUGAAAUGGAUUUAUUAGACGGACUAAUAUCACGGAUAGGAUUUUUCGAGUUUCUGUGGGGUAGAGUUCAAAGAAAAGAACUUCACAAAGAAAAUACGAUUAAGUAAGGAUGUUGAACCAAUGGACUGAAAAAAGAUCUCAAAGACUGGUCUUUAUGGAAAUUAAAUUGUUUUUAUAAGUUUGUGUGAUAGAAACUAGAGAGAUGAGAGGAAAAAUCUAAGAGUUGAUCGAAGAUUUAUUUUUAUCUGAACAGAAUCUGAAUUCAAAGAAAAAUCGAAGCUUUGGGUCAUGACUUUCGAAGCAUAACACUAUGAAUGGGGAGUUUUAAGAAGUAAUAAUGAACUGGAAAUAAAUGAACCAACCAAUCCUACGCAGACAAGUUCUCAGCCAUUAUGCAUUUAUUUGCAAUUUUAAAUGGAUCCUGAGAUCAAGAAUCUGAACAACUACCUCUUUAACUUGAAUAUUUCACAAAAAAGUAACAUAACCAUUCGAAAUACGGACUAAAACGACGUUAAUAAGGCUGUUCUCGGCCAGGCUCCACUGCAUAUCAAAUUCAGGAAGCGUGAAAUCGUACGGUCAAAAUAGGCCGGAGUUUUUGCGUGACACUCACUCGACGGUCUGA